AUGAAUCAUAUAGCAAAAGAUAACUUGAUUGAUCUGAACUCAAAAUUAACAGAUGAAAAUUAAAGACUUUCACUGCUUGUCUACAGUCUUCAACGAUAACUAGAGAAAGCAGCAGUUUAAAUUAACUAUGUUUAAUCAUUAGAGGAAAAGUUCGAAAUAGUCUCGUUUGAACUGACAUAGCUAAGAAGAGACAAUCAAAACUUAUAAGAACAAAUCUAUCUUGUUAGUUAAUCAUCAAUCUCAAAGGAUAAAGAACAGGCUUUUCAACAAGAGAUAGAAAGUGUGAAAACAUAGUAUGAAUAGAAGUUAUCGGUGUUGCUUAGAGAGAAUAAGAGACUCAAUCAUAUAAAUAAGGAUCUGUAGAAUAAAUAGAUUAGCAAUUUAGAGACCCAAACCUCAAAAUUAAUGGAAUUGAGUGUUGAAUUAAAAAAUAAGUUGGAGAGUUUAGGAUAACAACCUCAAUCGUUGAAUUCGUCAAUAAUGGCUCCAAAAGUGCUCACCAAGCAGAUUUAUGACAACCUAAUAUAAUAAUUGUCAUAGAGUAGCGGAGAAGAGAAGACUUUUCGUACAACUCAACCAAAGAGAUUGCCAGUUUUGUAAUUCAAAGAAACUAAAUAGCCAAGUAACAUUAGCCAAAAAAAUUUGGCAGCCAUUCCUUUUAUUUCGAAUAUAAAUAGUGUUAAAUGA